AGUUUGCUUGCAAGAGGUCUCAUACGAAACGGCAAAAAUCCAAGGAAUAAAAAUCUACCACGAGCUUAUUACAUGCCAAGAAUGACAUAUGACUGUAAAGCUGAAGCAGAAGCGAUAGCUUAUGCGCAACGCUGCUCAAUGAUGAAGUCGAACGAAAGAGCGAGACCCGGUUACGGUGAAAACGUUUACAUCUACAGUGCUCCAAUGGGCAACCCAGUCGAUAUUUUUGACGAGGUAAGUUUGCUACAGAUCAUCGACCAUUAUAAUUGUUAA